UUGUUUGUUUACUUCCGGUUUGUGACAGGAAGUGGAGCCACGCUACACCGGAACUGGCCUGUGAGCUGGAGCAGGACUCCUCGCAAUUCCCAUCAUUCGCCAAAGGGUUGGUUCUCCCAGCUCGCUUCCAACUCCAUAGCCAUUUACUUGUUAACCUGCACAGGGAAUGUAGAAUGGCCGUGGCGUUCGGGAAGCUCGUCGUCGGCGUCUUUGUGGAAAUAAAGCGUAGUGAUGGACGCAUACAUGAGGCGAUGGUGACAUCUCUGAACGAGGACAAUGAGAGCGUCACGGUGGAGUGGGAGGAGAAAGGAGACACAAAAGGGAAAGAGAUUGAUUUGGAGAGUAUAUUUUCACUUAACCCCGAUAUGUGUCCAGAUGAAGAAAUUGUCCGGAGUCCAGAGACUCCCCCUCCUACUACAGGUGUAAAGGUCAAUAAAAUAGCAAAGAACCGUGGGACGAUAGCACCUUCAAAGAUUGACACUCCAUCCAGGGACAGUAGAGUGAUUCUGACUCAGGCCCGACCCCAUCAGUCUCAACACGCUGAAUCGGCAGCACUGCCCCCUCCAUCACAGCAGGCUCUGCCUCCCCACGCUCCCACACAGCAACAGCUGCAGAAUGAGUCUUUACAUCAGCCGCUUACCAGAAAGGAGAUUGGACAACUUUCGAGGAGGAAGUCAAACUGUGUGAAGGAGGUGGAGAAGCUGCAGGAGAAAAGGGAGAAGCGUCGGCUCCAGCAACAGGAGCUGAGGGAAAAGAGGGCUCAGGAGGUGGACACAACCAUUCCUAAUUUUGAGAUCAUGUGCAUGAUUAGGGAUUUCCGUGCAAGUCUAGACUACCGACCUCUGACUGCAGCAGAUCUGAUUGAAGAACACAGAAUAUGUGUAUGUGUGAGGAAGCGUCCACUGAACAGGAAAGAGCUCACCAUGAAGGAUUUGGACGUGAUAACCAUUCCCAGUAAAGACGUGGUGAUGGUACACGAACCUAAACAGAAGGUGGACCUGACUCGCUUCCUGGAGAACCAAACCUUCCGCUUCGACUACGCUUUUGAUGACGCCACAACCAAUGAGAUUGUUUACAGGUUCACUGCCAGACCAUUAGUGGAGACCAUAUUUGAGAGGGGCAUGGCCACCUGCUUCGCCUAUGGGCAAACAGGAAGUGGUAAAACACAUACAAUGGGUGGAGAUUUUUCUGGGAAGAACCAAGACUGCUCUAAAGGAAUUUACGCAUUGGCUGCUCGGGAUGUAUUUCUCAUGUUGAAGAAACCCAAUUACAAGAAACUAGAGCUACAAGUGUAUGCAACCUUUUUUGAAAUCUACAGUGGAAAGGUGUUUGACCUGCUGAAUCGCAAAACCAAACUGAGAGUGCUGGAGGACCGGAAGCAGCAAGUGCAGGUUGUGGGGCUUCAGGAGAAGGAGGUCAAGUGCACAGAGGAUGUCCUGAAACUCAUAGACUUGGGUAACAGCUGCAGGACGUCGGGACAGACGUCGGCCAAUGCCCACUCGUCUCGCAGCCACGCCGUGUUCCAGAUUAUUCUUCGGAGGAAGGGAAAGUUGCACGGCAAGUUCUCCCUCAUCGACUUGGCCGGGAACGAGAGGGGUGCCGAUACUUCAAGUGCUGACCGCCAGACUCGCCUGGAGGGUGCGGAAAUCAACAAAAGCCUGCUGGCCCUCAAGGAGUGCAUCAGGGCUCUCGGCCGCAACAAGCCGCAUACUCCUUUCCGAGCGAGUAAACUCACGCAGGUCCUGCGAGACUCCUUCAUUGGUGAAAAUUCCCGUACGUGCAUGAUUGCAACUAUCUCUCCUGGUAUGACAUCCUGCGAGAAUACCCUGAACACACUCCGCUACGCCAACAGAGUGAAGGAGUUUGGGAUUAGUCCGUCAGACAUCCCCUUCUCCCAGGGUGGUCAGGGGAGUCGCCCCGAGCACUCUCCGACCAAUACCUUUGACUAUGAUGACUUUGCUGCUACUCCCCCUGGCAGGGUGAAGGAACUUACUGUGGACCACAAUCAGGUGACAGAGGGAGGCCGUGCCAACAUCCACGCCGUCACCCAGCUGGAGUUUUUAGAGGAAGAAUGGCAAAACAGUUCGCCACAGAGAGAUGACCUCAAACUGCUCUGUGAGCAGAAUGAAGAGGAAGUGUCUCCUCAGCUCUUUUCCUUCCACGAGGCUGUCUCUCAGCUGGUGGAAAUGGAGGAGCGGGUCCUAGAAGACCACCGGGCUGUUUUCCAGGAGUCCAUCAGGUGGCUGGAGGACGAGAAGGAGCUCUUGAAGAUGACAGAAGAGGAAGUAGACUACGACGUGGAAUCUUAUGCCACUCAGCUGGAGAAGAUCCUGGACCAGAAGAUAGACAUCCUCACUGAGCUCCGAGAUAACGUGAAGUCUUUCCGCUGUGCUCUCCAAGAGGAGGAGAAGGCCAGCAAGCAGAUCAACCCCAAGAGGCCACGUGCUCUUUAGACAAUAUGAGGAGGUUGGAAGAGAACCACUAGACAAAAGUUCGUUUGCCUGUGAAAGCACAAAUAAAAGGACUGACCAUCCCAACAGACUCAAACAAUCGCAACUGUUCUGACUCGUCAUAGAAACAUGAGACUGUGUUGCUUUGGUCUUGUUAGGAAAUUUAGAAAGAAAACUUGGGAAAUAAGUUUUUGUUUUUCUUCAUGGAGAAUGUUUAGGACUCGAACCAUUCUUCUUAAAUUAUUUUCUUUAAUACUUGUUUGUACUUUUGAACUGAUUUGUUUUUGGGGGAGAGUUUUGCCACACAAAACCAGUGUUUGGUUUCCGGUUGCCCUGGCUAACACGUAGUCUGCUUGUGCAAUGAUGUUAUGGCAUCCUCAUGCUUUUUGGCACUCUAUAGUCAUGUUUGAUAUGCAGUCUGUUUCCCUCUCACAUUUUACCUGUGCGGAAGAAGCAGCGGAGUGAAAUAUUGUUAGCCUAAAAGCACAAGUCACUGAUGUGUGCUUCAUUAAAAUUAAGAUUGACUUGAAUUUUUUUUUUUUUUUUUCUUUGUAGAUUUCCAGAUCCUGAAGGUUGAAUUUGAUUUUUUUUUCAUGUUUUCCAAAAACGUCCAAAAGUGACUCAGGCAAUUGUGCUAACGAUGUUUCUUGUGUCCCUGAAAAAGACUUAAGUGUAGUACGCUUCUAUUUGUGCCAUUUCAUGCUAUGCGUCAAUAGUUUCUAAACUUGAUGUUCAACAUAUUUCCCACCCAUUACACUUUGUUAUAAAAACAACUGGGAAACACCUAACAAUAAAUGUAUAGUGAAGAACACUAUUACAUUGUAGUCUUUGUAGCAAGAGGCCAAGGUUUAAAAUCUCAUUUAAAAAAACAGCCGUUUAGGGCACGGAACCAUAUUUUGUUAAGUAGAAUUAUAUUGAAAAGUAUAUGAAAUGCUCAGUAUUGUAAAAUAAUUCUGACAUGAAAUAUCAAAGUCAUUUUGUGACUGACUGCACAAUGCUACUCGCAAUUCCUACAAGGCACAUCGGCAUGGAGUAUUGCUGCAAGUUCAUUUUGGCUAAGCAGUAGCACCUCUUAAUCAUUCAAGUCUGAUUUGUGAGUAAAGAACAGUUUAUUCCAUGUAAAAAGGUAGCUUCCUCCCACUAGUAACUAGAGAUUGAAAUUGAUAAGAAUUUAGCGAUUCUGAUUCCAUUAUCUAUGACUCGUUUCCCAAUAGUGCAGUACUUUUUUUAUUUUUUUACUCUUUAAAAAUCUUCACAGCAUAUUAUGUUGAUCAUAUCCAGUAUGCACUCAUACGUAUGUCAAGACACCAAAAAGAUGUAUGCAGUUUUUGAGUACCUUACAAGAUAUUGGAGUGCCUUAGUAAAUUGUCCAGUACAACUCUUAUUGGUCCGGAGAAAAUGAAAUGUUUAUGACGAAAUUAUACAACUUUUAAAAUUGAUACUGAGAACAGUCAAAAGCAGAGCCUUUUUCAUUAAUCCUGACAGUUUAUCAACUCUUUUAAUCCAGGUUUUUUUUUCCCCCGGUGGGUAAAUUUCCCAAUAUAUGGAUUGUUCUGUAAAAAUAUAUAUGGUUUUGCAAAAUACCUUUUGCAUUAUAGAAAGCUGACUCUUUAGAAGAAGAAAACAAGUGAGCAUUGUGUUGGAAGCGGAAUCAAUAAGCAGGAUUGUCAGGCGAGCAAAACAAUUGCUAGGAAUCGUAUUAUUGGGAACCAGUUCUCAAAAAAAAGUUUUCAAUUCCCAUCCCUCCCUGUAACCCAAGUUUAAAUCCUGACUCAGAUGUUUUGUCAAGGGGCAAUUAUUUUAUUACAGGAUGCUUUCUCAAGAUUUUGAUGAGGUUAAAGGAUAAUCUUGACAUACAAACCCAUAUAUGCUCAGUAUAACACUAAAUAGUACACUGAAGAAGCUCAAUAUGAGUUCAUGACGUGUGUGUGUAUACAUAUAUAUAUACCAUAUAUAUUUUACAAUUAGAUAAAAAUUUCUCAUAGGGCUCCAGACAGAAGAAAUUCUGUAGUCUUUGAGCUGCUGAACACCAUGCACUGGUGUGUCUCCUCACCUCCAUACCUUUAAGAAAAGUGGAUCCCGGCCGAGUUAAACGCAUGAAGCAAUCUGAGGAAUAAAAGCAAUGGAUUAGAAAUGCAUUCAUCAAGUGAACACAAUGUACUUUUUUGACCAAUGAUUCUAAAAUAAGAAUAGAGUUCUCUAUUUUUUGCAGGUAUUGGAAAAUAAUUCCUGCAAGUCUUUCUGACUUGUAACAAAAUAGCAAAACAAUUAUAAAGACGCCUGUGAAUAUUCUCAUUCAUCCAGGUCAUUUCAUUCUCACGGCAUUGAAUCAAUCGCAACUGCAAUGUUCUGUUUAUCUUAGAAGACGUUUCGUUUCGCCUCUCAUCCGAGCAGGCUUCAUCAGAUCAUGCAACAAGGCUUUGGACACACAAGCCAGUGUUGGUGUGGAAAACUAUUUAUGCUCCAACUUAGAAGCAUGCCCCACACCACGUAUGGAAUCAAUUAUUUUGGAAUGCAAAAAAGGGCGGGAGCUGUUAAGCCACCUGGCUGAGAGGCCAUUGUCAGUCCAUCAGAGUUGUCUAGUGGAAACUUCCUGUUUGUGGAGUUACCUAUUGUUCAAGGAGGCAGAAUUAUUGAGUUUCUUUGGAAUGGACGAAAGGAUGGCAUUGGAAAUAGGUGAUUCCCCCCGUUAAGUGAUGGUUUUUCCACACAAACACUGGCUAGUGCCCUAGCUAAGCCUUGUUGCAUGAACUGAUGAAGCCUGCUCGGAUAAGAGCUGAAACGUCUUCUAAGACCAACAGAACAAUCCAGUUGCUAGCGAUAUAAUUUCUCAGGACAUUGCAAAGACAGUAGACCAGGUUUGCAGGAAUGGCAUUCAACAGAUAGGGGGGGAAGUAUCCAACUUACACCAUAAAGUCAUCAAUGUCCAUAGACCUGGCCCUCUUUUCACUGAAUUUUGCUCCCUGUAAGACGCUCCCUAUUUUCUUGGUGAUGCUGAAGUCUACUGGCACUUCCUGUAAGGAUGAAGAUGUUAUUGUUCCAACUUGUGUGUCACAGACAAUUGCUGUACUCAUUUUCAUGGUAGACCCACCACAUUGUGUACCGAGCAGUGGAUUCUGUAGUUCUUCUCCAGGAGCUGCUCGACUGCGGUCGACCUG